UUUGAGCAAAUUUUGCCCAUUAUCCUGAAUUUUCUCCUCUCCCUUUCCCUCCUAAAAUCAGCCAUGGCCACCAUUACCGUAAACUUCAUCAACUCGAAUUUCAUUCCUUAUCCCUUCAAAUACCAAUUCUUAUCAAACCAAAAUUCACUCCUUGCAGAUUUCCUAAAUCCCAGAAAACUAAUCACCUUAAAAAUCCAAUGUUGUACCAAAACAUCACCCAACAAGAAGCCCAGAAAACCACCCAUGGACAAGAGUAAUUCUUCUAAGAAUCCCAAUUCCAAACGGGCACCUAACCGCAGAAGAUCCUCAACAUCCUAUGGAACGUCGAGGAAGUCAGUUCUGAAGAAGAGCUUUUCUCAAGAGCAGGUGUAUUUCAGCGGUCCGGUGUCAAAUGACCCCGUGGUCGGAAUCAUUGGAGGUGGCAUGGCUGGCCUCAUCUGCGCUCUUUACUUGGAGAAACGAGGGAUUCGUUCCACUGUUUUCGAUACGGGACUUCAUGGGCUGGGAGGAAGAAUGGCAACAAGAAUUAUCGAUCCCGAGCCCUUGAUUUUUGACCAUGCAGCUCAGUUUUUUACGGUGACUGAUCCUGAGUUUGCUAAGCUGGUUCACUUGUGGUCUGAAAAAGGGCUGGUACGGGAAUGGCAUGGUACAGUUGGUGAGCUUGAGGCUGGUGGUCAUUUCACUCCUCUUCCAAGUUCUCCACCCAGAUAUAUAGGUGCUAAUGGAAUGCGACCUCUUGCAGAUACUAUUCUAUCUCAGACCCAUUUGGUUAAUGUGGUGCGGCCUUGCUGGGUAAGUACGCUUGAGCCAUUUAAUGGAAUGUGGCACCUGAGUGAGAAGGGAAAAAAUUGCGGGCAGUUUGAUGCAAUUGUUAUUGCACAUAACGGAAAAUGUGCAAAUAGAUUGCUGGCAUCAUCAGGCUUACCACUAAUUGCAAGACAAAUGAAGAGGCUCAAUCUGAGUUCCAUUUGGGCUCUUCUUGCAGCUUUUAAAGAUCCAUUACCCCUCCCGGCCAGUGCAACUGCAUUUCCUUUUGAAGGAGCUUUUGUGAAAGGAGUUGAUUCCAUCUCAUGGAUGGCUGACAACACAAAGAAAUUCUUAGGCUCUCAUAGCCAUGGCCCUCACUGUUGGACAUUUCUCAGCACAGCUACUUUUGGAAAGCAGAACAAAGUUCCACAAGAAAGUAUUCCAGUUGCCACAGCACAGAGGGUGAAGGAAACUAUGCUUGCAGAUGUUGAGUAUGCACUAGGACUACCGAAAAGCUCAAUCCAGACACCCAUUUUCAGUCGAGUGCAAUUGUGGGGUGCAGCUCUACCUCUUAAUACUCCAAAUGUUCCAUGCAUCUUUGAUCCUCAUGGAAGAGCUGGCAUAUGUGGUGAUUGGCUGCAGGGUUCAAGCUUGGAAGCUGCAGCAUUAAGUGGCAUGGCUCUUGCUAAUCAUAUAGCAGAUUACUUGCAAAGUGGGGGGCAGUGUCCAGAUGAAUUCGCUGUUGGUUUAGGCAAUGAGUUCCAACCACUGAGAGGACAUGAUAUUGGGCAAUUUCCAGGAUUGCAGUCUGAGGAGGACAUAAACAAGCCGCAGGCUGUUCAGCUUAGUGCCUGAAUGUACAUGAUUUGAAGACAAAGAGAACGAUUGGUGGAGGGCAUGAGCAUAAUGAUAUUUAUUUUCUCAACUCCAAUGGUCCGAUUGCGUGUCCUGCUACUGUUUUUCCUCUUGAAAUUCACUGUCUUUUGGGUCAUCCGUCUCUACAAAAUUUGAAAAGUUGGUUCUUAUUUUGAGUCAAUUGUUUUCGUUAGAAUGUGAGUCUUGUCAGUUAGGAAAGCAUCAUCGUGUUUCUUUUGCUCCUAGAGUCAAUAAACGGGUUUCUGAGCCCUUUUUGUUGGUUCAUUCUGAUGUUUAGGGUCCUAGUUGAGUCACUUCAAAGUUAGGUUUUAAAUAUUUUGUAAUCUUUAUUGAUGAUUUUUUUCAGGAUUACAUGGCUUUAUUUAAUGAAAGAUCGUUCUGAACUAUAUUCCAUUUUUUGUGCAUUUGUUACAGAAAUAAAGAAUCAAUUUGGUGUGCCUGUACGUAUACUUCGCAGCGAUAGUGCGAAGGAAUAUUUUUUCACUCCAUUUAAUACCUUUAUGACUAAAUUUGGUAUUAUUCAUCAGUCCUCACACUCCACAACAGAAUGGAGUUGCUGAAAGAAAAAUUGGACAUUUAAUCGAAAUUGCUCGAACACUUUUGUUGCACAUGAAUGUGCCCAAAUAAUUUUGGAGUGAUGCAGUUCUAACUGCAUGUUAUUUAAUUAAUCGCAUGCUAUCUAAUAUUAUUGGAGGUCAAUUACCUCAUUCCAUUUUUUUUCUCAUGAACCUGUGUUUAAAUUACUUUCUCGCAUUUUUGGAUGUAUGUGCUUUGCUCAUCAGCUUGCUCUUAGGAUGGAUAAAUUAGAUUCUCGUGCUAUUAAGUGUAUUUUCUCAGGAUACGCAUGAGCGUAAAAGGGGUAUAGAUGUUACAGUCCAAUUUUAAAUCGAUCUUUUAUUUGUGCUGAUGUUAUUUUCUUUCAAUCCACUCCAUAUUUUAUGAAACACGGUAUGCCUUGUGAGUUAGACCAGCGUCCCUCUUUUUCCUCUCCUGUUUUACCAGUCACUUCUUCUUUAUUACUCGAGUUAUCUAGUUUACCAGAUUCACUAGGUCAAUUAUCUCGUCCUAAUCUUCAAGUUUAUUCUCGUCGUUCCAUGGUUGAUAAAGCUCUUGAUAUGCCACGCACUUCACCAAUUAACUCUCAAUCUUUAAAUUCAGUUAUGACGCUCUUCUCAAAGUUAGAUCUUCCUAUUGCUUUACGCAAAGGUAAGAGGUAUUGCACUUCUCAUCUUAUUUCUAAUUUUGUUUCUUAUUCUCGUCUCUUUAUGUCAUAUUCUUCUUUUAUUGCUUAUCUUGAUUCUGUCUCCAUUUCUAAGUCUAUUACCCAUACUCUUAAUCAUCCUGGUUGGAGAUUAGCUAUGCAAGAAGAGAAGUGUGCUUUAGAGAAAAAUGGUACUUGGGAUCUUGUCUCUCUUCUUUCUGGUAAGCCAAUUGUUGGUUGUAAAUGGGUGUACACUAUAAAAGUGCAAUCUAAUGGUUCUAUUGAUAGAUUGAAGGCUCGUCUUGUAGCUAAGGGAUUUACUCAGGUGUAUGGAAUUGACUACUUAGAAACAUUUUCUCCUGUUGCAAAGAUUAUCUCUGUUCAUCUUCUUAUCUAUUUGGCAGCAACUUAUAAUUGGCUAUUACAUCAGUUGGAUGUGAAAAAUGCAUUUCAGCAUGGAGAUUUGGAAGAAGAGGUAUAUAUGGAACAACCUCCUUGAUUUGUUGUUUAGGGGGAGAAUUCGUGGUUGGUUUGUCGUUUGAAAAAAUUCUUAUAUGGAUUGAAACAGUUUUCGAGGAUUUGGUUUGGUCGGUUUAGUAGUGUUGUCAUGGAGUUCGGUCUGACAAGAUGUGGAGUAGAUCACUCUGUAUUUUAUC